AUGAUCUACGACAAUGUGUUUACUGAAGAAGAUGAUGAUGAGGAUGAAGAGGACCAAUUCUUUCAAGAAAGUGAAGCGACUUUACCUUCUACAAGUAGCGGUGCAAAUGAGGUGGCAGGACCCCUUUCUCAUGUAAUUGAAGGAGAAAUAGAAGAAGUUAAUGACAAUGACAUUGAGAGAGAAGAGGAUGAAGAAGUUGAUGAUAACUUGGAUGAUUCAUCCGAAGAUGAUAUUGAAGAUGAAAACAUAUGUGAUGAUAAUUCUGAUGAUGAAUUUACGGAUCAGAUUUCAGUGAUCAGAGCCAUCACAUGUAUACUGAAGACGAUGUUUGACGGCCCAUGGACCUCAUGGAAGAAGGUUGACAAAGAACAUCGUGAUGCAAUGUGGGAACACUUCAAGGGUUUGUAUGUUUGGCCCGAAGAGACUGAUGUUCUUGCUCGCAAGGUAUGGGAAGACUGUAUGAAGAAACGAUUUCCUGACGUAAUGCGAAGAGCACGUGAAGCAUCUUUAAAACUUGCCAAAGCUGCAAAUGUGAAUGCCUCACUAGAAGGUGAUUUAAAUUUGCUAAAGGACUAUCGCCCAAAUUGGAUAAAAAAGGAGUAUUGGGAAAAAAUGAUCAAUGAAGUGUGGACCACAUCCAAAUGGAAACGUUUAUCACAAUCAGGGAAAAAUAACAGAAAUAAAUUAGAAGAUGGCUCUGUUUCCAAACAUACCGGGGGUUCUAUAUCUAUUCGUCAACAUAAGAAAAGAAUGCAAGCAAUUCUUAAACGCCCUCCUACAGGAGUUGAACUUUAUGCAAGGUUGCACACUAAACGGUCUACUCAAGAGUACAUUACACCAAAGGCAGCUAAAGUUAAGGAGGCUUAUGAAAGUGCUAUGGUGGCUAAGUUUGGUGAUGAUACUAGUUGCCACCCCCUCUUGGAUAAUGAAACAUGGUGUGAUGUUUCCGGAGGAGUCAAGAAAGGAAGAAUAUAUGGAUUCGGAUCUGUGUCUGAUCCAGCGAGCUUUUUGGAAGGAACAUCUAGUACAAUAACAUCCCAAGAGGUUGUCUAUGAACGUGUACGAAACGAGAUGCGUGGCGAAAUGGAUGCUAAAGCUGCAGAAAUGGAAGCUAAACAUCAACAAAUGCAUGUAUGCAGCCUUGCAAAAUAUGAUGGGAAAUUGAAAAGUAAAGGAAUGAGAACCGAAGAUGAUUGGAUGGACAUGAAACGAAGAUAGCAGCUAAAAUGUUAUUUUGAAGGUUAAACUUUUUUCUGUUUGUACCUCUUUUGCAUACUUUGGAUUUCUUGGUUCUAAAAUGUUAUUUUGAAGUUAAAUCGUUGGGAGUUUGAUGUUAUGUGGAUAGUUUCGUUUUUGGAUGUUUCUUGAAUGACACUUUGGUAAACUUUGAUAUUUUGGUAUUGUAAUGCUUGGUUGUAUCAUUAUUUGAUGUUCUUUAGUAUAAUAAUUUGAUGAUUGUAG